AUGGAUGAAAAUAUAGUUCUACCUAAUUUUGACAUACAUAUGUCGGAUCUAUUCAGUUCGGAUGAAGAUAAUAAUGAGAAAAAUGAUCAGAAUAGAAACUAUGGUGAUCAUUUAAUGGAAACUACUCAAUAUUCCACACCAACAGCACAGGAACAACAUACUGAAGAAACAACAAGUCGUCUGGCAGCUACUACCAUGGAACUAUCACGACUCAAAAAAUCAUUGACACCAAGAGAGCCAUCGGCAAGACGACACCGACGAACAGCAUCAACAGCAACAACACACAUCGAAAUUAUUGAUAUAGUAACACCAAUCAAAACACCGAUUGGUCUUUAUCAACCGAAUUAUAUACCACGUACACUUCAUUUUUAUAAUCGACAUCGUCUCUCAAUUUUACCAACAUUUCCAAAUAGAGAUAAUAAUGAUGCAGAUAAUCCAUUGAAUUUAUUAUUAGCCAAUGUGACUCCAAUUCAAUUAUCACGUACAGAAUUAGGACGUCGUCAACCAGGUGAAUAUAAAUGCAUAUUUACUAUGACAGAUCCAAGUUCGUCAACAUCAUCAUUGAUGUACAACCAUUAUAAGAAUUACUUUUUAACAAUCUUCGAUCGUUUUCAUGUCGAUAUGUCUAUAUUAGAUCAUAAUUAUGCUCGUUUACAAUAUUUCCUUGAAUUAUUUCGUAAACGUCGUGCUCAAAUACUUCUUGCUAAUAA